AUGUCCAAUGGUUCUGCUUUAUCAUCAUCGUCUACUGAUGCAGAAGAUCCGUAUGCCCCCGUCCGUCAUACUCGUGCGCAAACGAGUGAAACGGAUUAUGGUACCGUGAUUUCUCGUUAUGACUACCCAAACCAUGAAAUGCCCCAAACCUUGGGCGCACCAGAAAUGAAGCCCCCAACACAUACACCAUAUGCACCUUCACCGUCUUUGAUGGGAACGAAUGAUCCGCUAGGUCGUUCUUCAGCUCGAAUACCGGUAUUCAGUUUUGGUUUCGGUGGCAAGGUAGUUAGUUGCUUCCAUGGAGCGGCGACACUCAACACUGGAUUUGAUGUGGCUCUCUCCUCGCGAAAUUCUACCGCUGUUGAAAUCCGACUUCUCAACAAGAUUAUUCCUGAAUCAGCUUUGGACACAUCCGUAACUUUUCCAGGUCCUCUGUUCUCGGAUCCUGGCAGUCCUACCACAGGGUUAGUGCGGACAGGCGUUUCAAACCAAGCGAAGACCCGAAAAGCUAAAGUUAUCAAGUAUCUAACGGAUCGAGCCGAGGAAAUGAACCAGGGGAUUGGAUAUCUUCAUGCGAAUAGCUCAGAAAGGCGACAAGCAGACGGAAAGCUUGUACUCCUGAAAUUAUUGAAAGUCAUGGUUGAAAAUGACGGUCGGAUUUCAGGCUCUGAAUCCACCUCUGACUCAACCGUCACUUUGGGCUUUACGCCAGCAUUGGAGUCUACAGCCGUUGCUUCAUACACCGGUGUCUCUGUACCAUCACCGCGCAACGAAGAAACGAUCUCCACAACGACUCUUCGCUCCUCAGCGUUGAAUAAGAUACAAGGCUUUCUUCUUCACGGAGAACGGAAAAAGGCAUAUCAUUAUGCAUUGGAUGAGAAGCUAUGGGCACAUGCUAUGGUUAUUGCCAGUGGGAUAGACAAGGACGCAUGGGAAGAAGUCGUCAACGAAUUCCUCAAGACCGAACUAGGUGUGAAAGAAGAUAUGUCUCGGAAUAGUUUACAAGUUCGUGGCAGUGAGGCCAUGCUGCCGUCUGUCAAUGGACGGGAAGGUUUGCGAGCAGCAUAUAGAUUGUAUUCUGGGCAAGGUGCUUCAUCUGUCCAGGAGAUGAUACCCCAAAACUUGCUCUCAAGAGCAACGGGACAUGUGUCACUGCCCGUUCCGGCGCUGCCUCAAAUGACGCCUAUGACACCGAACUUUACAGUUCCACAAGUGGCCGCCGGUAGUAUUCCCACCGAUUGUCUCUCAAAGUGGGCUGAGACAGUCAGCAUGAUGCUGUCACCGUCAAUAAACAGUGACACAUCAUCGGCGCUGUUGGCCUUCGGUGAUCACUUAUUGGCUAACCAAUGGGUUGAAGCUGCGCAUGUCUGUUACCUACUUUCCUCACAGACACCGCCAGCUAGUAGCACCGUUCUUCCUCCGAUAGGCGGCAUUGGACACCCUACGGCAAGACUGAUACUCGCAGGUUCACGCAGUCCCCAGGCGUGGCCGAAUUUCCAUAAAGAUUCCGACCCCGUAAUAUUUUCCGAGAUUAUCGAGUUUGCGCUAUCUUUGGCUACGCCGACUAAAGGCCAAGAACCCUUUGGGGGUUUACCUCACCUUCAGGCGUAUCGGUUUAUCAGAGCGGCCACUUUGGCUGAAUUUGGUUAUGUGCAGCUUGCUAACAGGUAUUGCGAAGCCAUUUUGGCUAGCAUGUCACGACCUUCACCGUACUUCAAUGAAACACUCAUAGAACAGCUGAAGGGUUUGUCUGAUCGUAUCGCUGGUGUGUCACUUGUGGACAAAGGUGGUUCGUGGAUGAGUGGAAAAUUGAGUAAACCAAGUCUGGAUACGAUAGGCGGAUGGCUAGAAGGGCGCUUCACGAAACUUGUCACUGGUGAUACCGAGGCCACAGUUGCUACCGAAGAAGAUCCGUCGAAAGUUGAUGACCGCAGCGGUAAUAUGGGGCCAUUCUCACAAUAUAGCUCCAUCUCGUCUGCGGCUCCGUCCGCGGAUCCGUCUCCCCAUUCUUCCGUGGUGAAUCUUCCCAUUGCUCCAGGUCGCACUGGAUCUGCAAUGUCGACUCAUGGAUAUCGGCCACCAGACCGGGCCGCUUCAGCCAUGGACACAAUUCGCCGAAAGCAAUCACCCCCUCUCCCGCGUAUAUCGUCUGCUUCUGCAACAACGACGAUGUUUGCGCCGUCACAUUCUUUUGGGCAAGCGUUCUCGGAUUAUAAGCCUUUGGGUACUAUGAAUGAGGUCGAUGUUGCGACACCCAAACCGUCGUCUGAUGAGGCUGAUGAUGAUCCAAAUACGCAAGAGGUCACUUGGUGGGGAGAUGGUUUGUCUUCACGAACACCAACUGCGACGAACUUUGUAAAAGUCGACGAUGCUGCUGUGACGUCUGCAGAUGGCUUCAUAUCCCUGAUGGAUAAUACCGCCUUCGCACUUGCGCCCCCACCAGCAACAGCUUCGCGCUCACCUAAUAAUGUUCCCGAUGAGGUGGACGAAGAGGAAGAUCUAGGGUUUGGGAACUCCAAGCCUAAGGAUAAACCUUUCGAUGACAAAAACGCUGAAUCUGAAGAGAAGAAAGAACAGAAGACUGCUGCUCCUGAACGACCUGGCAUGUUUGUUUUGCGGUUUACUCCAGUUGCAAAUUCAAGCGGUAGCAGCAGCGGAUCUUGGUUCGGUAGAUGGUGGAAACGAGGUGAAUCCUCCGGACCUGUCAAAGCCAGUCUAGGAGAAGAAACAUCAUUUUACUACGAUAAGGAGCUGAAACGAUGGGUUAAUAAAAAAGUCACAGCAGCUAAACCUGCCCCACCGCCUCCUCCGCCAUCAAGACCGGCGACGACAUCCCCAGGCAUGUAUACAGGUAUGUCGCCUCCGACCGAUUCGAUGGAUGGACGACCACCUGUUCGACCUGCUUCUGCUGCCGAAUCUUCAACGGCACCACCGAAUCGACGGGCAAUUCCACGCGUUCGUUCGAACUUGGUACCUACUCCUGAAGUAGAGCCCGGACCUCCUACACCCCCCAGUGCUCGACUUGGGCCGCCGCCACCAUCUCCUAUGCCAGGACGACCCAAGUCGCAAGGCUCGAAGCGACCUAUUCGUAACCGCUACGUAGAUGUGUUU